CCCUUAAAUCAUAAAAAAAAUUUACUUAGUAAAAAAUUAAAAGUUACACAUAAGUUUGAAUGAGUUAUAUACAUUUUAUAAUUUUGUCAUUGAAAUGUAUUUGUCCCAGAUAUUUAUUUAUCAAGUGCUUAUCAUUAUCCCGCCCGUUUAGUCGAAAUUGUACUGUGCGAAAGUCAGUAAAUACGCACGCUGUUUGUAGAUUCGUAAAAGAUAGACACAGAUAGCAGUUAUGUCACUUCCAACGCCUCUGUUGUACCCUGUUAGUUAUCAACCACAGACGCUUUUAGGUUAAAUGAGUACUCAUAGUUAAAUUCUUAGUUUCGGACUCAAUCAAUUUAGUCGAGUCCAAUGAAAAUAUUCACGACAUUCAUUAAAAGCAUAUUCAUUGGACUGCCGAUCGGUGUGACAUUAGUGGACACGUUCGGCUAUGUAGCCCGUGUGGACGGCAUUUCGAUGCAACCAGCAUUGAACCCAGAUAGGAAUAUUACUGAUUACGUCUUCCUGAAUCGCUGGGCCAUCCGACAACUGCAUAUUCAACGCGGUGAUAUCAUCUCCUUGAUCUCACCAAAGGAUCCAGAACAAAAGAUUAUCAAGAGAGUGGUUGGAAUCCAAGGUGAUAUCAUUUCCACUCUUGGAUACAAGAGAAAAGUUAUAAAAGUACCUGAAGGGCAUUGCUGGGUGGAAGGUGACCACACUGGUCAUUCUAUGGAUUCAAACAAUUUUGGCCCAGUUUCUAUAGGUCUUGUCACUGCCAAAGCUUCAUUUAUUGUCUGGCCUCCAGCUCGGUGGCAGCUUAUUAGAUCUUCUCUGCCUGAUGCUAGACUACCUCUAAAUUGUACUGAAAAAUCAUAA